AUGCUUUCACUAAAUGACUUGUCAAUAGAAGACCAUUCAAAUAAUAAAAAGGAUGAAUAUUUAGGAUUUAGAAAUAGAACAGAAAAGAAAGAGUUGAUUGUUGAUAUCCAAGGUUUUGAUGAUGAAGAUAUAAAUACAUAUUCAAAUCAUAAUGGAGUAUUUGAUCAAUAUACUGAUCAUGGUUAUAUGAUUCAUCGUGUUACUACCAAAGGUCAUCUUACCAAAAAGAAAUUAGUAUUUGAUCUUUAUAAAAGUUAUUUGAUUUGUCAUAAAAAGAAAGUUGGAUUUUCUGAAUUUGAUGAAAUUAGAAUUGGACAAAAGACCAAUGUAUUUAAUCAUUAUAAAUCAAAAAAGACAUCAGUUCAUCAUUCUGAAGAUUGUGAAUUAUCAUUUUCAUUGAUGCACAGUAAUAAUUUGAAAUCAUUGGAUUUUGUUUGUUCAUCGGUCAAAGAAAGAAUAGAAAUAGUUUCUGCAUUGUACCUCGUAAUUAAACAAUCGAGAUCAUCAAACAAUGAACUUGGAUUUAUUCGUAAACAAUGGGAUUAUUUUGGAAAAGAAACACUUGGACCAAAUGAUCUAAGAAGAUUAUUGUCAAGACUAAAUUAUUCUGCUUCACAUGGACAUGCAAAUGAACUGCUUAAAGCAGUUGACAAGAAUGGUGAUAGAGUAUUGGAUUUUAUCGAGUUUUCAGAACUCUUUAAACUUUUACGUCGUCGUCCCGAGAUCAAAUUACUUCUCAACAAGUAUUCAAAGACAUUAGAAGGUCAACUUUCAAUUAGUGAAAUGAUUGAUUUCUUUAAAUACGAACAAAGUGAAGAAUGGACAGAAGAACAAUGUAAACAUUUAAUUGAAAACUCUACUCACGACACAACCAUUCAAACAAUGUCCCACGAACACAUGGAAGAUUAUUUAUCAAGUCAAUUGAAUAAUGAUGUUCUCGAUCCAAAAGCUAAAACUAUAUACAUGGAUACAAAUCAACCAAUUUCAAAUUAUUUUAUAAAUUCAUCACAUAAUACAUAUUUAGCAGGACAUCAAUUACAAGGUAUUAGUUCAAGUGAAAUGUAUGUUUUGGCAAUGAAAAAGAAUUGUAAAUGUGUUGAAUUGGACGUUUGGGAUGGACAUGAUGGAGAUCCAAUAAUAUUUCAUGGUCAUACAUUGACAUCACAAAUUAAAUUUAAACAUGUUAUUCAAAGUAUAAAGGAUUAUGGUUUUGAAAAUUCACCAUACCCUAUUGUACUAAGUUUGGAGACUCAUUGUGCACCAGCUCAACAAGUCAAGAUGAUUGAACACAUGGUAGCUAUUUUUGGUGAUAUGUUGGCCAAACCAUUCACCGAGGAAGAUGUUGACAAGGUCAAGACACUUCCAACUCUUGAACAAUUAAAAUACAAGGUUAUUUUAAAGGGACAUUAUAAUUGUAGAAUGGUAUCUGAAAGAAAUCAGGUAACUGAAGUGAUUGAAGAAGAAAACGAGGAAGAAGAGACUGACAAUAUCCAUGUCAAAGAGAUGAAACCACAAAAAAUGUUGGUUGCUCCAGAGUAUGCCAAAUGGAUUUACUUUUUGACAAAGGGUUUCAAGUCUGUUGAAGAGUCAAAUACUCUUCCUCCAUGGGUUAUGCAUUCCUUUUCAGAGGCAAAGGUCAAAGAGUUGGUUAAAGCAAAUGGAACCUAUUCAUUUAUUGAUAUGUUUACUAGAAGGCAACUUAGAGUGUUUCCAAAAGGUACGCGAGUCAAUAGUUCAAAUUAUGAUCCUGUUCCUGGAUGGACCAUGGGUGCACAGAUUGUUGCUCUCAACCAACAAACAUCAUCUGAACCAAUGUGGCUCAAUGCUGGAAUGUUUGCUGAUAAUGGUGGUUGUGGAUAUGUCCUCAAAUCACCAUGUCUCUUGCCGUCAACCGUUUCAGGUGAAUUCAAUUAUUUCGAUCCAUCAGAGCCAACUCGUCAUGCAUCGUCCAAGUAUAGCAAGUUGAUUAUCAACAUUAUUUCUGCUCGUCAACUUCCAAAAUACACAAAGACCGAAGGAGGUGAAGUCAUUGAUCCAUUUGUCACAGUGUCAAUUCAUGGUUCACAACUUGAUGAUAGGGAAUUCAAAACAAAGGUUAUCGAUGAUAAUGGUUUCAAUCCAUAUUGGGGAGAAGAAUUUGAAUUCCCAUUGAUUCAUGAUCAAGUUGCCAUGUUAUUAAUCAGAGUUGAUGACAAGGACAAAUUCAAACGUCAAAAUAGAAUUGGUCACUAUUGUAUCAAGGUAUCAAAUAUCAGAAAUGGUUAUCGUGUCAUUAAAUUAGAAAAUGGAUAUGGUAAUCAAAUCCCAAUGUGUAACUUGUUAUGUAAGUUUACCUUGGUUCCAAAUUAG